UCUCGUCAACUGUACUGAGGCACAUAGGGCUUCGACCAUCUCUUUGGGCUCCACCAUCUCAACUGCUGAGUCCGUUUUCGCGCCAUGGCAGCCCAGGUCAAACUGCGCGUCUUUUCGCUCAACUGCUGGGGGAUCCAUUUUCUCAGCAAUAAAUGUGCUCAGCGUUAUGAGAUGAUAGGUGAUCUCCUGGAGAGAGAGCAUCAUGACAUUGUCCUGCUGCAGGAAGUAUGGAGUGAGAGAGAUUUCCUUUUCCUGAAAAGAAAGCUGGUCUCCUCUCAUCCUUACAGCCACUAUUUCAGAAGUGGGGUGAUCGGAAGUGGACUGGCUGUGUUCUCCAAGCACCAUGUCCAGGAUGCACUGCUCUCCCCAUACACCCUCAAUGGCUACCCCUUCAUGGUGCACCACGGUGACUGGUUUGGAGGUAAAGCAGUUGGGUUGGUUAUUCUGGAUGUGUUUGGGCUGAAGACGAACGUCUAUAUAACACAUUUGCAUGCAGAAUACUCCAGGACUAAAGAUGACUACCUACCUCACAGAAUAGUGCAAUCGUGGGAGCUCCUGCAGUUUGUACGUCAUACAACAGGUAACGCAGACGUGGUGAUUGUGGGUGGAGAUCUGAACAUGCACCCUAAAGACUUGGGGAACCGUCUCAUCCGAGCUCACACAGGCCUUCGAGACUGCUACCUGGACACUAACAUGUUUGAAGGCUGUGAAGAAGGCAUUACUCUAAUAGCUGACAACCACUUCACUAAAAAACAGGACCUUAUUCCCUUUGAGAAAGGCAUCAGGAUUGACUAUAUACUCAUCAAGGGCUCAGGAAGUGUAAACGUUAGAUGUGAGUCUAUGUCUACAACCAAGGGCUCUGUGCCUGAUAAACCCUUCCCCUAUUCAGACCACGAGGCUCUCACCACAGAGCUGGUCAUAUUGUGUUCAGAGGGAACUGCCUCGUGCAUGCCAGUUUCUGAGCAGAUUAAUACAACAGUGCAGGCAUGUGCAGUUGUGAAGGAGGGUCUAGAUCGCACCGAGGCCCUGCAGGUGAAAGCCAUGCGUAUGCUGGCUGCAGGUCUGCUCCUACUGCUGCUACAGUUGCUUGUCUUCUGCUCUGGUGGUUGUGCCUCUCUCUCCAUGUGGUUGCUGGGAGCAGCAUGUCUGGGGCUCUUGGUAUCAGGAACCCUCCUCUACAUAUUCUUUACCAUGCAACUCAAAGCCCUGCGAGAGGCUGAAGCCCAGAUGAAACUGAGCUCUGCCAACCUCCAAGCCAGGCUCUCUGGGUUGAGUGGAUCUGUGCCCUCUCUGUUUGACUGCUCCCCAAAACUCCAACGAGAAGAAUAG